CGUGGGAUUCAUAAAUGUAUAUCCAGGAACUCAUUUGGGAAUGGAAUAUGAGUUGAAUGCUACCCAAACUCUGUUGCUAAAGAGAAUAUUUCUUCUAUUUCGCCAGGUAUCUACGAAUGUGCAGAUUAUAGCAAGUGAGAACGGCCUCAACCUGUAUGCGCUUAACGGUUCCAACUCAGCGUGGUUGCAUAUACAGCUGGGUAAAGACUUCUUCAGGAAGAUAGACAUCGGUGUCGACGAGGCAACAUGUGAUCCUCAGGAUGUCAUUAAACAUUGGCUAUUUUCUACUAAGAAUCUAUGCCAAGCACUUAACAUCGUAUCAGCUAUAGGCGCUAGGAAUCAAGGGUACUCCGCGGUAUUCCUUAAGGACGGUUCCAAUACAGAGGAAAACACUGUUAGGGCUACUGUAGCUCUAGAGAAGCUAUUGAUUCGUGAAGAGCAGGAUCAUGGAAAUCUAGUGUCGUUUGUUAUGUGUUGUGCUGAGGAACACAUCCAAAGGUCAUCUAUACUCUGCUAUGAGGAUCACCGGGUCUCGAUACCAGAUGACAUUUGCUGGCAAAACUGGCACUAUAUGCGUAUGCAACCAAGUUUAUUGAACAAGAGCAUUAGUCCAUACUGGUCGCCCUUUGACGAUAUAUCUAUUAGCUACGAUUCUGUAAAGGACCUGGUUACUUUAUCCGUGGUCAAGAGCUCCUUCAGGGUAGGUCGCAAAACCAAGUCAAAGGCCGGUAGACGUGCUGGUAUAUCAGGAAAGAUAACUAUAAAUGGCAGUCAUUUCAUUAAACUUAAGAUAGACGAUGGUAUCCAGACACCAAAUGACGUUGUUAUCUCGUUGAAAGAACUAAUAUCGCUAUCAUCAUUCUCUGACUCUAUAAAGAGUCCGUUAUCACUCGUCAUACGUAAUCCCGGUGACCCAGUAAUCCUUCUGUUUGGUGACGCAGUGGAUAUUGCUGAUAACACUGACGGUGAGAUUAGCAUCCACCAGGUAGUAGCUCAGGCUACUACCCAGAUGGUUGGUGCACCUUAUGAUAACAUAUUAUUAACGAAUCCAAACAAGGCGUGGGCAGGAUCACUUUGGUUAAGCUCUAUGCAACAGCCUGGUGACCCUUCAACAAAUACACUCACUGUAGACACGGGUGGUGAAGCCACUGUUGACCCUGAGGAGUCAGUGCUCAACACAAAUAGCGAAGACACUCCCGUCCCGGAAGAAGAACCGGAAUUACUAAAGGAAGCAACUCCUAAAGCUUCCAAAAAGAAGUCAAAGAAGAAAUCAAAGAAGUCGGAAUCUAGCCCAAAGUCACCAAAGGAGCUGGGUAACACACCAGCUGAAUACCGCCACUUGACUUACUCACAGCGUGAUGAUAUAUACAAAACGAUAUUGCUAGACUUCAUGCCAUCGUCCUGUUACCUCCCUGGAGUCCCUAUUAAUGUAGUUGGAGGCACUCCAAUGGACAGCAGCCAGUAUACCAAAUCUGACAGUGAUUCAUUAUACCAAACUGAUUCCAGGAAUUCAGAUAUACUUUGCAGUCAACUUGCUGGAAUAUGGUAGUCCAAGGUCUGGCUGCAGCCCUUAUGGCGACAUUUAGUCA